UUGCCUCUUUGACCUCUGGGCUGCGUGAUAUGAAGGGAGGAUAUAUAAAUGUUUGGUUAGCCUUACAGGUCCACAGUCUGCCUGCCUUUAGCAACGGCCACGCUCUCUCAACGCACACAAAUGAUGAACCUUCCUGUUCUUCUCUGCAUCUUGCUAGUAAUUUCCACUGUCCAGGCUUUCCAGUACAUGGAGCUGGUGAAGUAUGUUGACAGCCAUCAAGAACAAUAUGUUGAGACUCUGCGAGACUGGGUGGCAGUAGAAAGUGACUCCAGCAACAUCCUGAAAAGACCAGAACUCCACCGUAUGAUGGAGAUGGUGGCUCAGAAGCUGAGGAGGAUGGGAGGGACAGUGGAGCUAGUUGACAUCGGAGAACAAGAACUUCCUGAUGGGCAGAAAUUAUUGUUGCCUAAAGUGGUAACAGCUCAGUUUGGAGCUAACCAGAGCAAAAACACAGUUUGUAUCUAUGGCCAUGUGGAUGUUCAGCCAGCAAAGCUGGAGGAUGGCUGGGCAACUGAUCCGUAUAACCUGACUGACAUCAGUGGUAACCUGUAUGGAAGAGGAGCUUCUGAUAACAAGGCCCCAGUUUUAGCCUGGAUUCAUGCUGUUGAGGCUUAUCAGAACCUGAAUAUGGAACUUCCAGUGAAUGUGAAGUUCGUCAUUGAAGGCAUGGAGGAGACUGGCUCUAAUGGCCUGGAUGCCAUGAUCCUAGCACAGAGGGACACCUUCUUCUCUGAUGUGGAAUAUAUUAUCAUCUCAGACUGUGGCUGGCUCAGCAGACGACCCGCUCUCACCUAUGGAACCAGAGGAAACUGCUACUUCUUUGCUGAGGUUGAAGGACCUAAACAGGACUUGCAUUCUGGUGUGUAUGGAGGCACUGUGAUUGAACCAAUGACUGACCUUAUAGGCAUCCUUGAUACACUUAUCAGCCCCAGUGGUAAGAUCCUGGUUCCUGGGAUUCGGGAGGCCGUGGCUCCCCUUACUGAUGAGGAAUGGAAACUAUACCAGGACAUCCAGUUUGAUAUGGACAGCUACAAAAACAAGAUUGGCAUAAGCCAACUCAUGUACAGUAACAAGGUGGAUUUAUUGGCCCACAUGUGGCGCUACCCCACUGUGUCCAUCCAUGGCAUUGAGGGAGCCUUCUCUGACCCUGGAACAAAGACUGUUAUCCCUGCCAAAGUUACCGCUAAGUUUUCCAUUAGACAAGUUCCCAACAUGGACCCUGCUUUGGUCAAAAGACAGGUAACGGACUACCUUUACUCUGUGUUCGCAAAGAGAAAGUCUCCUAACAAGCUGAAAGUCACCAUGGUCAUUGGCGCAAAGCCUUGGUUAGCUGAAACGGAGCAUCCUCUCUAUAAAGCUGGGAAGGCUGCUGUGAAGAGAGUUUUUGACAUGGACCCUGAUCUCAUUCGUGAGGGUGGAACUAUCCCCAUUGCUAGAACCUUCCAGGAUGUGACAGGGAAAAGCAUCAUUAUGAUGCCCAUUGGAGGUUUUGAUGAUGGACUGCACUCUCAGAAUGAGAAAAUUAGCAGGUACAACUAUGUUGAGGGAACCAAGUUAUUCAUUGCCUACCUGUAUGAAGUGUCCUUUAUUAAGAAGACUACAGUGUGAUGUACUGCAGUAAUUCUCGAUGACCUUCUCGACUAGCUUUCAUCUGCGAUAAUUUCGUCUAACAGUGUGAGUCUGUUUUUACUCUGCAUUUAUUUCUCUGCAUCUAUUUGCUUUUUGUCGAUCCACGCUCAGCAUCACAUCAAUAACUCACUUUGUUUUUUGAUAUUUGUUGAUGCCAGACAUAAUAAAUGCUGUACAAUGCAAAAAAUCCUG